GGCCUUCCCGGUUAAAAAAAAACAAAAAAAGUUUUGGAGUGGUAGCUACAUGCCUUCAUUUGGUCAAUAAGACCUGCUGUCUUUGAUAACAAAUGGGUAGACUGCUUUAUUUAUUAUUGCAUAUGGAGAUGAAAAUGAAGGACGGAGAACACUUCAUUUCAUCUGCUUUGACUUGGUUUGAAUAUGGGAUUCCCCAUUGGUAAAAUUUUCCAACGAAGGGCAGUUAUAGAAUACGUCAUUGCGAAGAAUGCAAGGUGUGAUCUGAUGUCUGAGAUGAUUCUUUCACUAGUUGGUAUCCAUAUAUACUUGGUUUUAUACGGGAAGUGAUGAUGAAACCAAUAUUUAUAUUUAUGGGUUUUCUCCAAUGGCCGGCAAUUUUGCCUUGCCGGCUUUCCAAUCUAUGGUCUCUUGUGUUUUUUUUUUGGGCAGAAGCACAAUGUUCCUCAUUGGAAAUGUGGAAAGUGUGAGCAAUACGAGGGUUAACAGCAACAAAGUUGGAACUUUGUGGAGCUGUUUCUGAUCGUCUUGAUUGGCUAGAAACAGAAUCUUGGAUGUACUAGAAAGGGGCAUUGUAUACAAGCUAAGUUUCUUUGUUCUCUGAUCUUGAUUAGCUUCUAGUAUUCUUCAUCUCCUCUUUUUUUGAAGAUUCGUCACAUAUUUUUUUCAUUUCCACUGUCUAUGAGUCUUUACAUUGGUGGCUGAAAACUACUUUGUGCCAUGGAUUACUACACCUCUGGCCGCCGCCCUCCGAACAGUCGCAGACAGCGGCAUGCCACACCUGUUAGCUCCCCAUAUACCUCCAGUGCUUCCUUAACACCAUAUAGCUCAAGCAUGAGUUCUCACACUACCACCACCUCACAAAGAUUACGCCGCCCUCCUCCAGGUGCCCCUCCAACUACUCCUUUUGCUACAGACAGUGACAUCUCAUGGCAAAGUGAGGUUUCAUGGCAGUUUGAGCCUACUGGGUGGCAAGAAAGCAGCCGUAACUUGGGCGUGGUUUUUAGCCCUUGGGCAGCUACUACGCCAUCCAGUAGGCGCGUAUUUAGGCGGACAGCCAAUGACUAUUACCUUGCGGGUACUUCGAGUGGUUUUAGAAGCUAUGCAAAUCCUUAUUAUGAAUAUUCUAGCAAUAUUGGAGUGCCUGCAGGGAGGCUUGAGCUUCAAAGCUUUGUUGCUGGAUAUGGUGAGAGCUCAAUUAGUCAUCGGAGGAAUAAUAACUCUGAUAAUAAGGGUAAGUCCCAUCGCGGGACUUCAGAUAUGAGACUUAUUGCUAAGGGAGGGAGUACUAGUCCUUUGGCUGAUGAAGAUGAGUUGAGCUUGAUAAGUGGUUAUGACGGGACGGAGGGCAUUGAAAGACAGACACAAACAUUGGAGACUAGCACUGAUCGACAUAGACGUGAAAAUACUCGUUGGCUUUCUGUUUCACAGGCUUAUAUGGAUGUUCAGGAGGAUGAUAGUCAUCUUGGUCAUGACUAUCAUCAUGGAAUUUCACACAGUGGUCAUCAUCAAGAUCAUAGGCUGCAACAUGGUCAUGCAUAUGAGGAUGGUGCAUGUCUUGAAGUCCAUGAAUUAUCAGGGGCAGAUAGACAUGACCAUGAUGGGCAUCACCACAUGAGGCACCAUAGUGAUUUUGAUGAUGAUUUGCAACAAGGUCAUCAUGGUCAUGAUGCUUGGCAUCCAAAUAAUGAUCAUUAUGGUCAAGAUGAUCAACACUAUGAUGCGAUUUAUGAGGAUGAAGAUGAUGAAGAGGAGGACGAAGAACCACCACCAGGGCCAGUUGGGCUGUUUAGUUUGUUCAAAUAUUCAACAAAGUGGGACCUGGUUCUGGUUUUCUUGGGUUGUUUGGGAGCCCUGAUAAAUGGAGGAGCUCUUCCUUGGUAUUCAUUUUUCUUCGGAGACUUUGUGAAUAAGAUUGCUGAAGAAUCAGUCACAGACAAAAGCCAAAUGAUGAAGGAUGUAGGGAAGACAUGCCAAAUCAUGGCUGUACUAACAGCAGUUGUGGUUGUUGGAGCUUAUAUGGAGAUCACCUGUUGGAGAAUGGUUGGGGAACGGUCAGCUCAACGAAUAAGAACCAAAUAUCUAAGAGCGGUUCUACGACAGGAUAUCACCUUUUAUGAUACUCGAGUCAGCACUGGUGAUAUAAUGCAUGGUAUUUCAAGUGAUGUUGCACAAAUCCAAGAAAUGAUGGGAGAGAAGAUGGCGCAUUUCAUUCAUCAUGUGUGUACCUUCAUCUGUGGAUAUAUAGUCGGGUUCUUACGGUCAUGGAAGGUCUCUUUAGUAGUAUUCUCUGUAACCCCGUUGAUGAUGUUCUGUGGCAUUGCAUAUAAGGCUGUUUACGUUGGUCUAACCACAAAAGAAGAGGUUUCUUAUAGGAAAGCUGGCAGUGUUGCAGAGCAAGCCAUUAGUUCAAUUAGAACUAUAUUUUCGUUUGUUGCUGAGGACAAUUUUGCAACAAGGUAUGCCGAUCUUUUGCUGAAAUCAGUACCUCUUGGGGCAAAGAUUGGGUUCGCUAAGGGUGCAGGAAUGGGAGUUAUCUAUUUAGUGACAUAUUCAACAUGGGCACUGGCCUUCUGGUAUGGAUCUAUAUUAGUUGCUAGAAAAGAAAUCUCUGGAGGUGAUGCCAUUGCCUGCUUCUUUGGUGUCAAUGUAGGAGGAAGAGGCUUGGCAUUGUCGCUUACGUAUUUUGCUCAGUUUGCACAAGGCAUGGUGGCAGCUAGCAGGGUGUUUCAAGUAAUAGACAGAAUUCCUGAUAUAGAUCCUUACAGCCCCAAUGGCAGGACUAUUUCAAGUGUCCGUGGAAGGAUCGGGUUCAAAGAUGUUAUAUUCGCUUAUCCUGCUCGUCCUGAUACUCAAAUUCUCCGCUCUCUCAAUCUAGUGAUUCCACCUUCAGAGACUCUUGCUUUGGUUGGUGCUAGUGGAGGAGGGAAAUCUACCAUUUUUGCUCUCAUAGAGAGGUUCUAUGACCCUAUCAAGGGAGUGGUAACCUUGGAUGGUCAUGAUUUAAGAACUCUGCAAGUCAAGUGGCUAAGAAAUCAUAUAGGUAUGGUUGGGCAGGAACCAAUUCUCUUUGCCACCACCAUACUAGAAAAUAUCAUGUUGGGAAAGGAAAAUGCCACCAAGGAAGAGGCAAUCGAUGCCUGCAUUGCUGCGAAUGCCCACAACUUCAUCUCAAGCCUACCACAAGGCUAUGAAACUCAGGUUGGUGACAGGGGAACUCAACUUUCAGGUGGCCAGAAGCAGAGAAUUGCACUGGCUCGAGCCAUGGUAAAGGACCCAGCAAUCCUUCUCCUAGAUGAGCCCACCAGUGCCUUGGACCCUGAGUCCGAGUCCAUUGUCCAACAAGCCAUUGACAAGAUCUCUGCAGGCAGGACAACCAUUGUCAUAGCCCAUAGGCUAGCAACAGUAAGAAAUGCCAACACAAUUGUUGUUCUUGAUCAAGGUGCUGUGGCUGAAAGCGGAAACCAUCACCAACUAAUGGAAAAGGCUGGUGCCUAUUAUGACCUUGUCAAGCUUGCUUCUGAAGCAGUUUCAAAACCUGCAUCAAAGAAAGGUACACAAAAAGAGAGAGGGUUUUCAAUAGAUGAGGAAUCACCUUAUGAUAUAUCAAGAUUUAAGACUGUAGAUGGAAUUUCAAGAUCAAAGAACUUGAAAAAACCAGCGCAAGAAGACAAUCAAGUUGCAGAGGAUAUGCAACCAGAAACAAAGGCCAGAGAUUUUCGGCUUUCGGAUAUAUGGAAUCUACAGAAACCAGAGGUUCUCAUGAUGCUUUUGGGGUUUGUUCUGGGUAUGCAUGCAGGUGCAAUUCUCUCAGUUUUCCCAUUUCUUCUGGGUCUAGCCCUCCAAUUUUAUUUUGAGGAUGAUACAUCAAAAUUGAAAAGAGAUGUUGGGAACCUAUGCCUAGCACUUUUGGGGCUUGGCUUUGGGUGUAUAAUUGCCAUGACAGGCCAGCAAGGCCUAUGUGGCUGGGCUGGAACAAAGCUUACAGUGAGGGUCAGAGACCUCUUGUUCCGGUCAAUACUCAGACAAGAACCUGGUUGGUUCGAUUUUGAAGAAAAUUCAACUGGAGUACUUGUUUCCAAACUCGCAGUUGAUUGUGUAAGUUUCAGGUCAGUACUUGGUGAUCGAUUCUCUGUCUUGUUUAUGGGAUUGAGUUCAGCUGCUGUUGGUAUUGGUAUAUGUUUUGCACUUGAAUGGAGACUAGCCCUUUUGGCUGCUGCUCUCACUCCGUUCACUCUUGGUGCUAGCUACUUCAACUUGAUCAUAAACGUUGGUCCAAAAUUAGAUAACAGUGCUUAUGCCAAAGCUAGUAGCAUUGCAGGCAGUGCUGUUUCAAAUAUAAGAACAGUAGCAACAUUUUCUGCUCAAGAACAGCUAGUUAAAUCCUUUGAUCAAGCUUUAUCUGAGCCAAAGAAGAAAUCAGUGCAGAAGUCACAAAUUUUUGGCCUAGCGCUUGGUUUUUCUCAAGGUGCUAUGUAUGGUGCUUAUACCUUAACACUUUGGUUUGGUGCCUACCUUGUGAAAAAAGGUGACACGAGCUUUGGUGAGGUGUACAAGAUUUUUCUGAUUCUCGUGUUAAGUUCAUUUUCUGUUGGACAACUAGCUGGCCUAGCACCGGAUACUUCCAUGGCUGCAACUGCAAUUCCUUCUGUUUUUGAUAUCAUUAACCGCAAGCCAUUGAUCGGCAAUCAACUAGACAAAGGUAGAAAGGUAGACAGAUCAAAGCAUUUUGAUAUUGAGCUUAAGAUGGUAACAUUUACCUACCCUUCUAGGCCUGAUGUCAAUGUGUUGAGAGAUUUUUGUUUAAAGGUCAAAGGUCGUAGCAUGGUGGCGCUGGUGGGUGGAAGUGGGUCAGGGAAAUCAACAGUGAUCUGGCUAGUGCAGAGAUUUUAUGACCCAAAUCAAGGGAAGGUGACGAUUGGUGGAGUGGACUUGAGGGAGAUGGAUUUGAAGUGGUUGAGGAGGCAAUGUGCUUUGGUGGGUCAAGAGCCUGCUCUAUUUGCUGGGAGUAUAAGGGAGAACAUUGCAAUUGGUAGUCCAAAUGCAUCAUGGGCUGAGAUUGAAGAGGCUGCAGAAGAAGCUUAUAUUCACAAGUUCAUUAGCAGCCUACCCCAGGGCUAUGAAACUCAGGUUGGUGAGAGUGGUGUUCAGCUAUCUGGUGGCCAGAAACAAAGGAUUGCGAUAGCAAGGGCGAUACUGAAGAAAUCAAAGGUGCUACUGCUAGAUGAGGCAAGCAGUGCACUGGACUUGGAGUCAGAGAAACAUGUUCAAGAUGCAAUAGAGAAGGUUUCAAAGCGCACCACAACCAUUGUAGUGGCGCACCGGCUUUCCACGAUCAGACACGCCAACAUGAUCGCCGUUGUCAGCAACGGUGCUGUUGUGGAGUAUGGUAGCCAUGAUACUCUAAUGGCUUCAAAUCUUAACGGUGUGUAUGCUAGCUUGGUCAGGGCAGAGACUGAAGCUAAUGCAUUUUCUUGACUGAACGGCUCGACACACAUUCUGAAUUUUGUCUUGAGGAUAUAGAGAUGAUAAAAGGCUGAGAUUUUUUCAAUGAACUUAAUGAGCUUUCACUUGGUUUUCUCAUUGUACCCAAAAUCAUAUACUCUCAAUAUGAUUAGGACUAGCUAUUUCUCUGAAAAGAAGUAGGACUGGUUAUUAUGAGUUA